AUGACUUCUUUAAAAGAUGUUUAAAUUCCUAAAAUUUUCAAAGAUUUUAUUUUAGGUGGAAGUUCUGGUAUCUUACCUAAACUAAUUCUAAGUCCCUUCUAUGAACUUUAGUUUUUAAUAAAGAAUGGCACUCCCUAUUAAAAAUAAUAUCAAUAUAUUGAUGGUUGUAAAUAACUUAUUAUAGAUGGUACAUUAUUGAGAUAAAUCAAAAGAAACAGUAGAAUAUUUAGAUAUUCAUUAAUUUAAGCUUUUAAUUUUUCAAUUUAUAAUGCUUUAAAUCGAUAUUGCUUAUAAAAAAUAGAUUUGAAUAAACAAUUAAUUAAGUGAAUAAUACUUUUUAUCUAUGUAGAUAUUUUGCUAAUUCUUUAUUAAAUGGAGGAAUUGCAGGGAUUAUUACGUUGACAAUAUUUUACCCUUUAGAUUUAAGUAGAGUUAGAUUAGCGAAUAAUUUAUUAAAAGUAUCCAAAGAAAAAUAGACAUUUGGAUAUAUAUUAAAAGAUAUGUAUAAGGGAUUUGGGAUGACAGCUAUCUGUACAUUUUUAUAUAAAGCAUGCUACUUUGGGUAGAUUAAUAUUUUAAAUAUUAAUAAGAGGGUAUGAUACUGGUUAGUACAUAAUAUGGGAUGAUUAAUUGACUUAGAGAAAUGAAUUAAAUUUGUGCAACUUUUUAUUAGCUCAAUUUGUGGUCACCACAUCAGAAACUCUAGUUUAUCCAAUAGAUAGAAUAAGAAGGGAUUUAAUGUUAAAUAAUUAAAAUAGUUAAUAAAUUGUAAAUAAAUUAAUUUAAUUAUUGAAGGGAGUAUUAGAUUAUAUUAUAAAUAUAUACUAAAAAGAAGGCUUAAGAGGAUCAUUUAAGGGUUACAAUCCAAUAAAAUUAAGAUAGUUAGUUCCUUCUACUUAACUUUUAAUAUAUGAUAAAUUAUAAUAAUUAUUCAAUUAUUAAACAUCUUAUUGA